GAAUAAAAAAGGGGAAAGGGGUGCACUCGGCAAAGGAAGUUUGGAGAGGAAGAAAAAAAACUCUGAUACAGAAAAAAUAAUCUUGUAAAAUUGACGAAGAUGGUGUUGGCAAACAAGGAAAUGGUGGUCUACUGCUUCGACACUUUGAUCGCCCAUUAUAACAGCGAGGAGGCUGCUCCGCCCGCUUUCGAUGAGGGCCAACACCCAUUGUUUGUCACUUGGAAGAAGGUUGUGAAUGGUGGGGAGCCUCGUCUACGAGGAUGUAUCGGCACACUUGAAGCUUGUCAGUUGAUUAAUGGGUUUAGGGACUAUGCUCUGACGAGUGCUUUGAGGGACCGCAGGUUCCCUCCUAUUCAAGCUAAAGAACUGCCUAACUUAGAAUGUACAGUUUCUAUUCUGACUGAUUAUGAAACAGCUAAUAACUACCUUGAUUGGGAGGUAGGAAAGCAUGGCAUAAUUAUUGAGUUUGUUGAUGAUUAUAAUACAAGGCGAAGUGCCACAUAUUUACCUGAGGUGCCGGCACAUGAAGGUUGGACUAGAGUGGAGGCAAUUGACUCACUUAUCCGGAAGGCAGGCUUCAGUGGCCCCAUAACCGAGUCGCUCAGGAAGCGUAUAAAACUGACCCGUUACCAAAGCACAUUAUUUACCAUGCACUACAGUGACUAUGCCUCCCAUGUUAAGGCAACCAGGGGGGCAGCGCCUACUAUUGCUGGCGCUAAGCUCGGAAACCACUGAUUCUUCCAACAGCUUUUUACCAGAAAAGAAGGUAAAGCUGCUUUGGCUAAAAUAUAAUGACAUUAUAUUAAAACAAAAGAAAAAUGGGUGGAAUAGGUUCGAUUGUGUUCCGACCCAGUUGUUUUAGUAAUUACAAGACACCUUUCAAAUAACAUUCUUCAAAUUCAUUUGAUUUUGAAGAAAGAAACCAAAAAAAAAAAGAAGCAAUGCCUGAUGUAAACUCAGGCAUACAAGUUUGUGUUUGCUUUCAUUUAGACAUUCAUAUUCCUGCAACUUGUGGGAAACCUGUUUGCUGUAAGACAAAUCUCAAUUUGACCUUGAAAUAGUUCUGGGAAACUAUGUAUGUUCCCAGCACGACAUUGUUUAUGCCUUUUGGUUUUAGUUAAAUUUACUUUUUGCAA